UGUUCGCGUUAGUCUAUGAUGUACGCGUACGGUUGUCACUGUCAGACCUCAUGGAUAUCAACUGUCAGAUUAGUGUCAGUGUCAAAGUCAAAAUUAUAGGUAGUCACGCAACUCUCGCACGUCACAUCGUCAGGAACAGUCAGAGACUUCAGUUCAGUUGUGGACUUGUAAAGACCGAUCUCAACCGCGUUUAAGGUUCAGAGAAGCAGGCAGUAAAGUACGAUGGAAGAGCAACCGAAACCGAAGUUAUUCACCCGGGAGGAGCUGAAGUCACGGUGCACGCGGAAUGAUGCCGUGUUAAUAAUUCAUAAUGAGGUGUACGACGUCACCAGCUUCCUAGCAGAGCACCCCGGUGGUGAAGAGGUGCUACUGGAAAAGGGCGGCCAGGACGCUACCGAGCCAUUCGAGGAUGUCAGCCACAGCUCCGAUGCCAGAUCUUUGAUGAAGAAGUACAAGAUCGGCGAGCUGGUGGAGGCAGACCGAGUGCAGAGUAAAAACGCUUUCGCACCUCAAUGGACCAACGACCAGGCGCAGGAGCAGGGCAACACGUGGACGUCGUGGCUGACUCCGUUGCUGCUGGGCGUGGCCGCCACCAUCCUGUACCGCUACCUGUUCGCGUAGUGCCGCCGCCGCCACGCCACGCUGCUACGACUCGUUACUCUAAGCUAUAUUUAAGUAAACUGGGCAAGUAUCGUCAGACAACUCUCACUCAUGACGAUGUGGUUGCUAACUUUAUAACUUGAAAUGUUUAGUGGCAUUAGGUGGUAAUUAUUAUCAUCAUGUUAAAUCGAUACCUACCUAAGUAAAUAAGAUGUAAUGUAGGCAUAUUAAACCAAUCAGAAUAUGUCUCACCGCAUGUAUGUAUGAGUAUCAGAUUUAUCAAUUCUCCAAAAGUGAUAUGACAUAUUAAUGGUUCUAAAUGCGGCAUAUGUCCCGCCUCCUUUGAAUCCUGCUCUGUGUGCUCCAAUUUAUAACAUACAAAUUUUAACAUAAAAAAUAAACAUACAAGCAUAAUUAAGAAUGCUACCUUCAUUCCAAAAUGUCAAUAGAGUGCGGCACAUAAUUAUGUACGUGUAUAUAUCACUUCAACUGUAAUAUUUCACACUUAAGUAUCUCUUCAUGAAUUUGAGGCCAUAUGUAGUGAACUAGUGAAUAGUAAUGAUAACAGUUUUGUUCUGUAAAUGCUCUGCUUGUUAUAAUAUAGAUGUUUAUCUAAAAUAAGAUAAUAUCGGCAUUUAACAGAACAUACAUAAUUCAUACAGAUUAUUGUCAUCAUACAUAAGCAGUAACAAAUUCCUGUAGUUAAGUUGAAGAGAACCAUCGUCAUACUACGAAUGAGGGCUGUAAGUGCUUGUAGAAUGGGUGGUGUAUGUUAGGUAGGUAGGUACGAGUAGCAGCAACGAAUAUUGUGGUACAGUGCCCCGUCAUCAUAGUUUAGCUCGGAGAGUUGUGGCCGGUGUAUAGCAGUCGGUAGGAGAGGUGUGUCACAUGGAGGAGGUGGCUGUGCGUCGGCGAGUUGACAAACUGCCACAGUCUGCCGUCGGCCGUGCAUGGAUGAUGGAUGUACCGACUCGUAGCGGCGCGGCGCUUAUUCCGUUUUUCUACUCUAAGGUCACUUUGUUUCAACUAUAUAUGGUGCCAGUACGCAGUUACUACUUUUAUUGAGGUGUUAAGACUAGAUGAUUAAGCGAAUGUGUAUUUUUACUUUUUUAUUUGGGAUGAGGUAUAUUACUGCUAUUUAUUUAAUUUACUUCUCAAUGUGUGUGCCUUCUGAAAGUUCGUGAGUUCUUAUGCUAAGGAAAUGUAAUAAAAUAAAAUAUACAAUAAUAGGCCAUGGUGAGUUUGUUAUGGAAUGUGCACACACCUCAAGUACCAAUAAUGUGUCUUAUGAAUAUUGCAAUUAUGUGUUUCUUGUUUCACAGUAUGAACAUAAUUUUACAAUAAUAUUAUAUUUUAAUAUUAAGCCCAUAAAGUAGUACAAUAUUUUCUUAGAUUAUUUGAUUAAGCUUUAUAUGUAUGUAUUCGAGUGAACUACUGUUGAUGACAUUUGUGAAGUUAUAGUUUAAUUCCACAUAGUAAGAUACAAAUAACUAUAUACAAGAGUGAAUUUACUGAUUGCUCAUGUGUCAAUGUAAUGUUUGUAUCUAUUUACAUACAACUAGCAGUUGAUCCACAUCUUGCGGAUGGCCUGGUUUAGCACAAAUUUGUAUAAAUACAAAGGAAUACAUGGUGGCAAUAUCACAAACUCCUGAACAUUUUGAAGCAGUUUAACAAAAAGUAUGUAUACAAAUAUGCAUUAUUUACACUGGAUGAUCGAGGCUCAUGGCUUAUUUACAUUGUAUGGCCUUUUGUGAUAUAUCUAUGUAAUAUAAUCACCCUCUGGAA